AUGAACUCGCGCAAUCUGGAGCUGCAGUCACUGCUCGCACAAAAAGACGAUGAGCUCACACAGGUCAAUGCUCGUCUCCAGAAUGCAUUGACUUCGGCCUCAGGAGGUGGCAGCGGCCGUAGAACCAGCACCAGUGCCCUGCAACGACACAAUGCAGAUCUCAAGAACGAAUUACUGAGUGCAGAGACAGCUGCCGCCACUGCCGAAGACAACUUGAAGACGCUUGCUCAGAAGUUCGCCGAGAUCGAAUCAGAUCUCAGAAGGCAGAUUUUAGACCUGCAAGGCGAUGUACGAAAGCGCGAUGACCUCCUGAGAGAAGUGGCCGAAUCUUGCGAGCCGUCCUAUCGACCUGACUCCGGCUACAGCUCACCAGCAACUGGAAUGACUCCGACUGAGCAGAACGAGCUGAAGCGGCUUCGUACUGCAUUUGCGUCUCUUCAGAAGCAAUUCCAAGCUGAGAAGAAAGAAAAUGCCAGACUUCGGAACUUUCCUGAAACAUCCGGCGAGAAGCUCAGGCAUAUCGAAGAGGAUCAAGACGAUGAAGAGUCUGUUCCCUAUGUCAAGAGGGAGAGGCAAUCUUCCAUGUCUGCUGAUCGUCAUAUGAGACCAGUGCCGCCGCCGUCGCCACCAAUGCUCCCGUUGCCAGAUCCCUCUCCUCGAGAAGUCAGGCCUGUAACUCCUGCAGAUACAGUCCGCGUCCAAAAUCGACCAAGUCGAAGCCAGACUGUGCCUAUGAAACGGAAAUCACAUUCAAAAUGUUCCGUGACUUCUCAAUCACCAGGGUCUACCAAAGGCGGGAGCCGGCACAUCUCCGUGGAGCCUUCUGUGCCCGUGAAAGCCGAAACACCAUCAAAAGCCUGCAUCUCUUCCCAAUCGCCAAAGUCUGUCAAGAAUCGGAAGAGCCGUAGUCCCUCUGCGGCCUCCUCCAGCUCCUCGGAAUCAGAGGAAGACGACCAUGGAAACGACGACGAUGAAGGGGACGAUGCCGAAGAUCUCAACGGCGACAAAGACUUUACCUUAAAGGAAGAGUCAGACGCGGAAGACGUUCCAAAUAAACGUCCUCGUCUAACAUGCACCGACUUUCCAGUCAAAGACAAGUUCGAAUUCCAAGCCGUCACCUCUCAUCUUCCAGAAGGUGACAUCGAAGCUUUCGACUCGCAAGAACAGCUCAAAGACGAAUGCGACGACCUGUGGGAAAGAAUUCAGAGAUGUUACGAUGCUUGGGAAGAAGCGAAGGGCGAGGCUUGGGAAUUCGAGUUCGAGAAGGCUCAGUACAGACCGACGCUUCCUCCUUGUGUUACAACCAAGUUGACGAGUAAGACGGGUAGGAUGAGCUGGUACCCGGGUUGUGAGGGCAAAUUUGCUUGUAAGAAGUGUGUGGAGGAGGGGAAGCCUUGUUUCACGUGGAAUGGGGAGGAGUUCUGGUUGUUGCCAUUGAGGGAGGAGGAUAGGAAGUAUCCUGUCAAGGAGGGGUUUGAGAUUCGAUAUUGGUUGAAUGUUGAGUAG